AUGGCGCUCCGCCCUAUCUUUACUGCCACGCACCCACGUGCAUGCUCUACGGCCUUUGAGCGGGUCUUCAUGGCCCGCCGCGAUAUCCUAGAGAGCGUUCACGAACCUUUUGGAGAUGCCUUCUACUAUGGUCCUGAGAUCCUCAGUGAUCGUUUCAGAAACGACACUGCCACUCGCGAGCAGAGUGGUUUCUCGCAAAAGACCUACAAAGACGUCCUCAACGAGGUCAUGGAUGCGGGCAAAGAUGGCAAGCGAAUCUUCAUCAAGGACAUGGCCUACUACCUCAUGGCCCCAGACAACAAGCCUACCAAGGUUGCGCCGUCUCUGGGCGAGGAAGAGCCCGGCAACCCAACUGUUUUGCCACUAGAGGUCCUGAAGCAAUUCCAAUUCACCUUCCUCAUCCGCCACCCUCGCCGAGCUAUCCCCUCAUACUACCGUUGCACGGUGCCGCCUCUGGAUGAAGUCACUGGUUUUUAUGACUUCAUGCCCAAUGAGGCCGGUUAUAAGGAGCUCGUGCGUUUCUUUGAUUUCCUGAUCAAGGAGAACAUCGUCGAUAAGGACAACCUCGUUGUCAUCGACGCUGAUGAUCUUCUCGAUAACCCCGAGAAGACCAUCCGUCUCUACUGCGAGAAGACAGGUAUUGACUUCAAGCCCGAGAUGCUCGAGUGGAAUGACGAAGAUUGCAACUAUGCGACCAUUGCCUUCCAGAAAUGGAAUGGCUGGCACAACGAUGCUAUCAAGAGCUCGGCUCUGAGGCCCCGUACUCAUCACCAGACGAUGACCACCGAGUCAGAAGAUAAGGAAUGGACCGCCAAGUAUGGUCCUGAGGCGCAAAAGGUUAUCCGCAAGACGGUCGAGGACAACGUAGCUGAUUACGAGUACCUGAAGCAGUUUGCGCUACCUAUCUAA